UAUUUUUAUGUCAUCUUAUAGGAGCAUAUUGCACCUUUAUUGUUUUUAUAGGGAAACAGUUUAUCAUGCUUUUGUUACAUCCAAGCUACCCUGAAUUUAACAGUAUUGGCUGCAUGGCAAUGGUGGGAUGUAUGUUUCCUUGUCCUGAGUUGAUUAAAACAAGAUAAAUUAAAUGAGUUAAAAACUUAAUAUGUCCUUAUAUCCACUAGCAGUUUGGCAUACCUAUGUGGAAUUACAUUUUAUUGAUGACAUUACAUUUUGUAUUAAGUUUAAAUUAAAAUUGUGAACACAUCAGUUAUUUAAAUCCAGCAACCAAAGUCAAGCCACAGACCCCAAUCCAUAAUCCAGUGUUUUCAGGGUGCUGGUAGUGUAGUGGCUUAGCUGCAUGUCUGGAAAGCCAGGAGUGCAGGCUCUACAUGCUGCAGUCAUGACACCUGUCGAUGACAUUAAAUACCUCAUCAACUCUGUCAUACUGGGGGAGGAGCCGUCGGUGGAGGACUUCAUCCUGUUCAUCGGCACGCUGGUGGCGUUCAUCGCCUUCAUCCUGUGGUGCUGCUUCCCGGUCAUACCCAAGGACUCGCAGCCCAAUGCUGACAGCCAGUACCGGCACUACAAGAAGACGGACGCCAACGCCAUGUACAAGGAGCUGCAGCGCAGCUAGCGC